AUGCCGUUGUCCUUGACCGGAGGAGAACUUUACUCUCGAGUCGAAUUGGCUCCAGCCCUAGACUUUUCAUUUGUUUUUCUCUUUCCCUCUCAGGAGGUUUGUACGCUACUCGCCGACACGUGGAUACCACAGGCUCUGACGCCGAGUCCCGACGCCGAGUACCAAGAGUGGUCGUGUUGCGGUGAGUCCCGGCCCGUCUGA